GAAGCAAAUGGGACAAUUAGAGAGCAAGUCUUGUCGAAUGUCACCACCGUGCUCCGCAUGUGAGCCUGCGGGCAGGGAGGAGGGGCGCUGGGUCCCGUGUCCUGCACCGUGGGACAGCCCCACGCAGACAGUGGAGCAGGGCGCAGCCGUUAACAACCACACAGAGGGGGAGAAAAAAAGUCAGCCGUAACCUCAACUCGAAUGAAGCCUGCUUUUUAUAUCACCUCACCGGAACAACAUCUCGAUUUAAAGUAGCUGAACUAGUUUUUCUGCAAGCUUGUGGGUCCAAGGACAGCGUUAGUGAAAGGAUGACAAGCACGAAGAGGAAGGCAGAGAACCUCCUGAGGGCAGCAAACCAACCUUGCAUCAUGAAGUGCAGAGGCUCCCAGGCGGAUUCAGAAAGAGACUCUGGAUUCUCAGAUGCCAGCUCAGAGCAUCUGAGCACAAUGGACACCACGGACUCUGAAGAUUCCCCCCACCCUGUUAAACAGCAGGGGGCACAGGGUGCUGGUUCAGGCCAGAAGCCCUCUCAGCUGUCUGUGGUUGGAGGCUCCUAUUCCGGACUCUCUCCUAUGAUCAUAAUGAACAACGUUGUGCUGAAGCAGCCUGUAGAGAACCCUCCUGCUCUGAAGCCCUGGGGGUUCAGUCCAACGGUGGAGGUGGUGCAGCCAGUGGUCCCACAGCCUCAAGUGGUCUUUCUCCAGCCUGUGGUCUCCCGUCAAGGGUCAUCAGCCUCCAAAGAGGCCACCUCUAAACACAGACGCUCCAAAAAGUAUCUUCCAAUCUUGAAGUCCUACCCAAAGAUUGCCCCACAUCCCGGGGACAGUGUUGGUUCUUCAGGCAGAGGAAGUGCUUCUUCGUCUUCCUCCUCUUCAUCAGGAUCAGAGAAAUGUAACUCUUUGACCUCCAGUCUUUGGGAUCAACGGCAGAGGCAGAAAGUGGAGAAAUCUCUGUGCAGUAGCAGCAAUAACUCUGAAGCUGCAUCUCCUAGUCUUCCUGGUACCCCCAGCCCCAUGUCACCCCUGCUCCAUAGUAGACUUCCACUCCCUGCAGCAGAAAACAGCAGCACUGUCAGCCCUGCCAAGGGCAAGUCAGCGAUCUGCAGUCAGUCCAAAAACCAGACUCUCGCCUUGGACAGCAUCUCCUCUCUAGAAGGCUACUCAAGUGACGGCAGUUCUGACACAAAGAGGAAGCGCUUUUGCAACACGUACAACAUCCUGAGCAAGUCUGGCCUGCUGGACAUCACACUCCGCACCAAGGAGCUCCUCAGGCAGAACCAAAGCACUCAAAAUGAGCUGGACCAACUGAAGAAACACACAGACUUAUUCCUCCAGGCUCUUCAGACCGGAGACACCAGUGUUUGCAUGAAACUGCUGAGCCACCUUCAGGAGGAGGACAGGGAGAGGGCUGCUCAGGGCAGCCUGAAAGCACUUCAGACCUAGACUGGUGUGUGGCUGUAAUCCAUUAGACCCACAGGACGAUCGGGAUGGGGGUAGGUGUGUGUAGAGGCAGAUGGACUGAAAGUAAUGCGCUCUACAUUACUGACCCCUCCCCCAGACUCUCAGACAGACAGCACACUGUGGCCUACAUUUUAGCAGUCAUUUGCCUUUGGUCCCUUCCUGACACUCCAAGCUGACCUAAAAACAUCAACCUUCUUGUUGCACUCUAGUCAUACAAUGCUCUUUCUAAACACUGUAAAUGGAUCAUUGUUUACCAUGAAAUGGAAGAGAGUAGCUGAAAUUGACCUAGAACCUACCUAGGCCAUUAAGGGAAAAACAUUCUGGCUCCUGCAGUGAAAACGCACCUUUAGAGGCAAAAUUAGGCCAGAUAUCCAAUUCUAAGUGGAAAACAGAAUAAUUUAAUCUUAAUGUGUGCCUGCUAGACUGACAGCAGGCCAUCCGGUUGGAUCGUUUUGGUUUUCCACGCAUUGUUCCAUUGGUAUGUUUUACUGACGGUUUAACAUGCGGUUCAUUCCAAAGCUGUAAAAAUGGUUGGAUCAUAGAGAUGACAUCAUGCCAUGUUAAAAAACAUUCAGAGCAUAUGUCUAUUUUUCAUGGGUUUGUAUUUGCAGGAUGUAUUUGGUUCAUAUUUAGUUGUUUUUGAAUUUGUUCUCUCAGGUUAUUUGUUGAUACUCAUUUUCAUACUGGCUGGAAAGAAAAGCCCCUAUCAACCAAUCAGACGACGCCCUGAUACAAGUUCUCUCUGAAUAGGGCUUCUAGGAGUGAAAGAAUGAUUAGUGGUCAACUCUGAAUGUUUUCUUGCCCUUUGUCAGCGUUGUUGUUUUGAACUGUGCAGGUAAAAUGGAAGUUGUCUGCUUUUACUUGCAAAGGUUUUCUCUUGCAUUUUUAUUUGUAUUUGUCAAAUGUCUGUAUUGAAAUGUUUUUUAUAUUAAGGCAGCUACUGAUAAUAAAAAAACAGUAGUUCUAGAGUCUCUUAAAUCCAGUUUUUUUAUGCUUAAAAUUUGGAUAUUUUUUGUUUAUUCAUAGAUCAUGGCCUUAAAACUCUAAGUAUGUUCAUGCUAAAUAAAAAAAAUUGCACUAAAAUC